AUGGAUUCUGCCGAUUCUCAAGAUCUUAUUGUCAGGCCACCUCCAGGCACAAGAUAUCUCAGUCAUGGAUUUGCUGCCCAUAUUUACGUGACACUUGAUUGCGAAUUCGUUAUCAAGCGACCAAAGGUGUUUGUUGGGUACGACGAUAGCUGGAAUAUCUUCCGUGGGCUUGUUGAUAAUGAGAGGAUGAUCUAUGAGCGCCUGGGCGUCCACGAUGGAGUCAUUGGAUAUCAUGGAUACGACGAGAACAGCGGAUCGAUCCAGCUGGUAUGUGCCAGUGAUGGCGACCUAACAGAUUUCAUCAACAACAAACCGAAGCCGGACCAGAAGAUUCGUUCCAAAAUGAUGAGACACAUAUCCGACACUCUGCUCUACAUUUAUUCACGUAAUGUCGCUGUACAGGACAUUAAGACCGAUAAUGUGCUUAUGCAUCAAGGAAUGCCAAAGAUCUGCGACUUUACCGAAAGCAUCCUAUAUCCUCUGACCGAGAAGAUGCAGAAUGUUUGCCCCAGAGAUGUAUUAAAUCAGGAUCUUCUUGGGAUUGGCUGCGUCCUCUAUUCUAUCUCUACCUGGGAGGUCUUCAACUACGAUUUCUGCGAGAAAGGGUGCUGGCCCACUUCGGACGACCUGAAGCCGACAGAAAAUAUCGAGUUCGGGAGGAUCAUCGAAAAUUGCUGGCACGGAGAGUAUAGUUCUAUCGAAGACUUUCACAAAGACAUCACCGGAGUUGAGACAAAGUGA